AUGAAAAGUACAGGCAUCCAAGAUAUCGUACUUUCAAAGUAUCGAAAUGGAGAUACUUCGCCGAAAAUUUUCCGCGAUUUAAGUGGUGGGGUCGAUUUAGCGACUAUCAAAAGAUGGUGUCAGAUGAUUCGCCAAUAUGGCUCUAUCAAAUUAUCAAGUCCUCCCGAUCGUCCACGAAUAGCAAGAACCAGUGAAAACAUUCGGAAGGUGCUUCCAGUGGCCUUAGAAUAUCGUAAGAAAGUCUUUGGUAACGAUUGGAUCUUUCAGCAAGAUAACGCAAAGCCACACCAACAUUAUUUAACUCAACAAUGGUGCCGGAAUAACUUUCCAUCGUUUAUCGACAAAGAUUGGUGGCCUCCAAAUAGUCCUGAUUUAAACCCAUUGGAUUAUUCAAUUUGGGACGAACUUGCAAAUGCAAUCGAUUGGAACAAAGUCAAGUCAAAAUCAACAUUGAUUCAGCAACUAAACUCGUAUGGUAAAAAAAUUCGCGAAUCGGUUAUUUUUGAAAGUUGUGCAAGUUGGGCUAACCGAUUGUAUCGUGUUUAUCAGAACAAUGGGAAUUACUUACGAUAA